GGCAAAGGGAGUGACUGACCUCUCCGAGCUAAGGUGCCCCUGUGCCAUCGUCCUGCUCACCUCGUCGGCCUUGCCAGACUUCGCGCCUCGAGUUCGAGCAAGGCGACUUUCAGCAACUCGACAGGCUGAGCAGCGCAAGACUCGAAGCGGCACCCUACCGAGCAGACGCAAGGCAUCUCAUGACGUACUCUGCAUAGCUGGCCUGUCUCGAGUGCGGAGUAGCAGAGGGAGCUCCUGUCGAGAGCAACAGCCUGCUGCAAGCUUGCGAAAGAGCCUCAAGCCGUCAUGAGCGAGGAAGCUGGCAGGACAGAAGCAGAUGCGACGACCGGCUUGCGCAAGAGAGUCAAGAUCGAUACUACAGCCAGCCCUGAGCUCAGCAAGGCACGGCAAGAGCGACAAGAACGACUCGAUGCUACAAAGCAAAAGCCGACAUUGGCACGCACGCCAGAUGGGACAGUCUUUGCUGUGCCACAAACGCACGACGUUCUGUCUGGCUUGUUCGAUCCAAGGAUACCGAAAUCGCACGUUGAUCUCGUCAUACUCGCCUGCUUCGGCGCUCAGCUCGCUCUGUUCUCCUGUCUGCCAUUGCGCGUCAGCCGCAUCUUGUUCCUCUUCGUCUUCUUCUUCUGGCGGCUCUCCUACAAUGUCGGACUCGGAUAUCUCCUAAAAAGACAGAGCGAGACGCGCUGGAUGAUCAAGCAAGUCAAACUCCACGGCUGGUUCGACGAGUCCCGGAGACCCAAGACGAGAUCAUGGAUCAAGUCUCAGCUUGUCGUCAAGAUGGGCAAAGACUACGAUUUCGACGCUCUCCCGCUCGAAUACAACGUCUGGCUCUUCUUCAGGCACGCUGUCGAUAUCAUCCUGCUCAACGACUUUCUCUCCUAUGUUCUCUUUGCCUGGUCUUGGCUGCAUUUCCCGCCGGGCCACUCUGUCGCUCUACACGCGCUCCGAUGGGUCGCAGGCUGGACUCUUAUCAUCUUUAACAUCUGGGUCAAAGUCGACGCACAUCGCAUAGUCACCGAUCAUGCUUGGUACUGGGCAGACAACUUCUUCCGGAUCCACCAAAAUCUCGUCUUUGACGGCGUCUUCGAUCUCUGGAUGCAUCCCAUGUAUAGCGUUGGCUACGCAGGAUACUAUGGCCUAUCACUCGUUGUCGGCAGCCAGGUCGUGCUCUUGGCUUCGCUGGCUGCUCAUGCAUGUCAAUUCGGCUUUCUCGUCUGGUUCGAAACGCCUCACAUCGAGAGAACAUAUGGCGAGCGCAAGGCGAUCGCUGCCCGUAGGCCGCUCCCAGUCCCCCGAAGUUCCUCUCAGCCAGUCUCGCCUGCUGCACCCACUUUCGCAGAAGGCUCGAACGCCGCUCAGCAUGCUCAUGAUUCUGACAGCUCAUCGAGUACCUUUGUCGAUUCUGACGCAGAAAGCGACACGAGCGGGUUGCACGAGCUUGAAAGAAGCAGUAGCAAGGAACGCCGCUUCAGCUCAAACAGCCUUGCAAGCUCAUUUGUCGGCAUGUCAGCCCACCCUGAGCCGCUUGCUACGACUCAGCAUGACCUCGACGCCAUCUAUUUCAGAAAAGACCUCGUCAUCCUGAAGAACUUUGAUCCAUUCAGAGCACGCGAUCUUGGCGUUGCGCUCGUACUGCUCUACGGUACAGCAGGCAUUCUCAUGCCUCAGAUGUCAAAUGACAAACGUCUCGCGUUGGCAUUCCUCAAUGCGCUCGCCUGGCGACUCAUCCAUUCGUACGGUCUCGGUAUGGCUCUGCAUGCGCAGUCUCAGCACAAGUGGCUCGUUCGACAUUUCCUGAAAAAUUAUCACUACGAGACCCGCGCAGCAUCGUCGGCAACCGAAGAAGCGUUCCGUAAUUGGAAGGCAAUCUACAAUCUCAGUCUAUGCAUGACUUAUGCGUCCUUUGCCGCACUCACCUGGCGAUGCUACAGCGUGCCGCACAACUGGACGCUCGGCUCAGAGACGCUGAGACACACAAUGGGGCUCCUACUCAUCGGUCUGCAUGCUUGGACGGCGCAGUCGACCUAUGAAGUUCUUGGCAACUUCGGCUGGUUCUAUGGUGACUUCUUCAUCCCAGACUAUCCCACCGAGCUCUACUACCAUGGCAUCUAUCGCCAUCUGAACAAUCCCGAGCGCAUUAUGGGCGGUGCAGCCUUUUUCGGCUUGUCGCUCAUAUCCGGCAGCAAGCUCGUGACUUCGCUGGCCGUGUUAUCGGUACUCUCGCAUCUAUGGUUCCUGCGGCAUGUCGAAAAUCCUCAUAUGACGAAGCUCUACGGCGAUGCACUCAGGAAAGACGCCGGCUUCACACGUACGCUGCGCAACCUUGCCAUCCGACAUGCACACCGUGCGCCGCCAGAGAUCACCAAAGCUGCGCGGGAAGUGCAAGGCACGUUUGAAAAGGUCUUUGAGGAGACCGCGGAAGCCGUCGAAGAUUUCCUUGGCAAAUCAAAACCGAAGCUGACGGAAUACAUGAUUGACACCAAAGUGCUCGUCCAGCAGUCGCGGGAAAGACUGGUCAUCACUCGCUUGGCGAAUUCGCAGGAGAUGUCAGCAUACGACGAGACUCAGUAUUCGCUCUCACUGCCCUCAUCUGUCAAUGAUGCGCUUCAGCUGCCGGACAUGCCACAAUAUCGGACGAAAACACCCCCGCGAUACAUGCUCGGCGAAGCAAUCAGAGUGCAAUGGAAGGCGCCUGCAAAUCACUCCAAACGUGACUGGAUCGGAAUCUACCGUCUUGGCGCAAAUACAUCGAUGCGCGUGACUGCAGUCAGCAGUCAAGGCAAAUGGUGUCCGACUGAUAUCGACGAAUACGAAGAUGACGAGGGUACACGCGAUGGCCGAGCUGCAACGGAAGAUGGCAGUCUCUCGUCAGCUUCGACCGAAUCUGCGUCCGAGGGCUUCGUACGACUAGCAGGCUCGAAGUUGCCAUGGACCGUGGGCGCGUACGAGCUAAGGUACCAUCACGAUGGCAAACACAACGUCAUGUCAUCCCUCGGUCCACUCGAGAUCUACGUGCCCAAGCCAGUUGAUCAAAGUUCAUUCGAAUCUGUGCACGCGACUUUGUCCAAGAUCAUUGUCCACUGUCUUGACAGAGACCCAGCGCUGAUACCACAAUCUUGUCGCCGACUCAUCCAUACUACGACUGACGAUGAGAAGCCUUCAGCUGCAGAGGAUCUGCUUCCCGAUCGGACUGACGCGGACGACUUUGUCCUGUACUCUGACGAACAAGCAAAACGCAUAGCAUAUGCCAUCGAGGUCUCAUGUGGCAUCGAAAUCGCAGCGCCGGUCGUCGUCGCAGCAGCUAACAUCGCAAAGCUAGCCUAUAGAAUCGUCGAAUCAAAGCGCUUACUGGCGUGAAUGCAUCUUUUGUGACAGAUACUAUGUUGUUCUCCGUCUCCCAGCUGGUUAGUCCCGCAGAACCGCAGUCUCCACAACAAUGGUUGCAGCCAAGCGACCGCGCUCAACAGACGACAUCGGUCCCAGUGAUGAUGCCGAGCCCUCAAAGAGCGAUGCAGAAAGGCGUGAGGCUGAAGCGGCAAAGACGCUGGCCGGGCUGGGUGGGCCUCAACGAUUGAUCAAGGCGCCUAAACCUCCGCCGACAUGCGGCUUCUGUGGUG